AUGCUAAUUCUGCCUCAGUCGCUGGACAUCUGUAAUGGUGUCAACCUAAACCUUCCAGGAGAGGGUUUGAAGGGUCUAAAUGGCAUCCAUUGGGGCUGGAGUGUACCAGAUGGUAUCCUUGCCAUCAAUAAGUACACGACUCGAAACGCCAGCACGUACAACAUCUUCUCGCCGAUUACUUCUCCAGAUUCCUACUUCGGAUUCGAGUUCUUCCCUGUUCUCAAUGAUACUUUGAACUCGCAUGCCAUGCUCGUGGCGAGCGUCAUGCCAACCGGACUUACAUUCGCCCAGGUUAACCAGACAAUUGCGAACGAUAUCGCGGCAGUCAUGAGGAAUCUAACAAAUAGCGGCGUCGAAGUGUGGCUCCGUUUCGCUCACGAAAUGAACUACUUCUCAUCGGUGGACACUUAUCACGGAUCUGCCUCCGAGUUCGUCCAAGCAUGGCGCAUUGUUCAUGAUGCGGUCCAGGGAAUUCCCGGUUUGCAUAUGUUCUGGUCGCCAAACUGGGCGUCUAUGGAGGACAUUCAGCCUUGGUGGCCCGGCUCGGAAAGCGUUGAUAUCGUCGGCAUGGAUGUGUAUGCGUUUCCCAACGCCUCGUUCGCCAGAGUGUUUGAUGAGUUCUACAACGAGUUCGCGAAGCAGUACAACAAACCCAUGGCACUAGGUGAGACGAGUACAGAUCAAGGCUUGAGCGUUGAUAAAGAAGCUUGGGUGAAGGAGCUAGUAAGGGCAGACUUGGGUGUCUAUCCCUGCUUCAAGUCGGUGACCUGGUUCGAAUAUGCUGCGAACGGACAGGAUUACAGGAUCAUCAUGGGCCAGAGCCAGGAGACUAUCGCCGAGACUUUAGUCAACUUCCUUUCUUGA